CGUAGAGAGACGGCGGGAAAGAGGUUGUCGUGUUAGCAUCAGCUAACACGCUAGCCGAGCCGAAUCCGACGCUUUGAUUUCUUGGAACGGAGCCCCGCUUCUCCGGUCCCCCCCCUACCCCUCCCCUCUUCGGGUAACACCCCACCGGCACCGGCACCGGCACCACUUCUCAACCCCGCGUGGUCUCGCCCUUCUCCCCCCACAGAGCCCGCCAACUCCCGCAGAUGACUCUUCGGCCGCCCCGGCGUAGCUCAGCACCCGCACCGUCCCGUCCCGUCUGCGCGGGCGACACGGCGCCCCUCUAAGCAGGAUGCCGUCCUCCGCGCGGGCGGGGAGUCUGAGGGAUCCGGAGGUGGCCGAUCUUUUCUUCAAGGAGGACCCGGAGAAGCUCUUCUCCGACCUGCGGGAGAUCGGCCACGGCAGCUUUGGCGCCGUCUACUUCGCGCACGAUGUGCGCACCAACGAGGUGGUGGCCAUCAAAAAGAUGUCGUACAACGGGAAGCAGUCCAUCGAGAAAUGGCAGGACAUCAUCAAGGAGGUGAAGUUCCUGCAGAGUAUCCGGCAUCCCAACAGCAUCGAGUACAAAGGAUGUUACCUGCGGGAGCACACGGCUUGGCUGGUGAUGGAGUACUGCUUGGGCUCCGCCUCCGACCUGCUGGAAGUCCAUAAGAAACCUCUGCAGGAAGUGGAGAUCGCCGCCAUUACCCAUGGUGCACUGCAGGGCCUGGCCUACCUGCACUCACACAACAUGAUCCACAGGGACGUGAAGGCGGGGAACAUCCUGCUGACGGAGCCCGGGCAGGUCAAGCUGGCGGACUUUGGCUCCGCCUCCAUCGCCUCGCCCGCCAACUCCUUCGUGGGCACGCCGUACUGGAUGGCGCCCGAGGUGAUCCUGGCCAUGGACGAGGGCCAGUAUGACGGGAAGGUGGACGUCUGGUCUUUGGGCAUCACCUGUAUCGAGCUAGCCGAGAGGAAGCCUCCUUUAUUCAACAUGAACGCCAUGAGUGCCUUAUACCACAUAGCGCAGAAUGAGAGCCCCACACUGCAGUCUGAAUGGACUGAUUACUUCCGGAACUUUAUCGACUCUUGCCUUCAGAAAAUCCCGCAGGACAGACCGCACUCUGACGACAUGCUGGGUCAUGCAUUUCUGCAGAGGGAGCGUCCGGAUUCAGUUCUGAUGGACCUCAUUCAGAGGACCAAGGACGCGGUGCGUGAGUUGGACAACCUGCAGUACCGCAAGAUGAAGAAGAUCCUCCUCCAGGAGACCCACAACGGACCUGCACCGGAUGCCCCCGAUCCGGACGAGGAGCUGGAGCCGGGCGGCGGGCGCACGGGCACGGUGAACAGCGUGGGGAGCAACCAGUCCAUCCCCAGCAUGUCCAUCAGCGCCAGCUCCCAGAGCAGCUCCGUCAACAGCCUCAACGACGCCGCGCAGGACAGCCGCAGCGAGCUGGACCUGAUGGAGGGAGACCACACCGUCAUGUCCAACAACUCCGUCAUACACAUCAAGCCGGAGGGCGAGGAGGUUCUCCCCGGGGAUCAGACGGCCGGCGCUCAGCCGUCCGAGCCUCAGACCACGGCAGCUCAGCCCACUCGGAGGCGGGAGCGCGACAAGCACUUUGCUACCAUCCGCACAGCUUCACUGGUGACGCGUGAGAUGCAGGAGCACGAGCAGGACUCUGAGCUCCGGGAGCAGAUGUCAGGGUACAAGCGCAUGCGGCGGCAGCACCAGAAGCACCUGAUGGCCAUGGAGAACAAGCUGAAGGGCGAGAACGACGAGCACAGGCUGCGGCUGGACAAGGAGCUGGAGAGCCAGAGGAGCAACUUCACCCAGGAGAUGGACAAGCUGCUCAAGAAGCACCAGGCCUCGCUGGACAAAGACCUGAAGACGUUUGCCAACGACGAGAAGAAGUUCCAGCAGCACAUUCAAGUGCAGCAGAAGAAGGAGCUCAGCAGCUUCCUGGAGUCUCAGAAACGAGAGUACAAACUGCGCAAGGAGCAGCUCAAAGAGGAGCUGAGUGAGAACCAGUCCACUCCCAAGAAGGAGAAGCAGGAGUGGCUGUCCAAGCAGAAGGAGAACAUCCAGCACUUCCAGGCGGAGGAGGAGGCCAACUUGCUCAGGAGACAGAGACAGUACUUGGACCUGGAAUGUCGACGCUUCAAGCGCAGGAUCCUGAUCACCAGACACAACGUGGAACAGGACCUGGCCCGAGAGGAGCUGAACAAGCGUCAGACCCAGAAGGACCUUGAGCACGCCAUGCUGCUCAGACACCACGAGUCCAUGCAGGAGCUGGAGUUUCGCCACCUGGCCACCAUCCAGAAGGCUCGGGCCGAGCUGAUCCGCACCCAGCACCAGACAGAACUCACCAACCAGCUGGAGUACAACAAGAGGAGGGAGCGCGAACUCCGCCGCAAACACUUCAUGGAGGUCCGGCAGCAGCCCAAGAGUCUCAAGUCCAAGGAGCUGCAGAUCAAGAAGCAGUUCCAGGAGACGUGCAAGACCCAGACCCGGCAGUACAAGGCCCUCCGCAACCACCUGCUGGAGACCACUCCCAAGUGUGACCACAAGGCGGUGCUGAAGAGGCUGAAGGAGGAGCAGACCAGGAAGUUGGCCAUCUUGGCCGAGCAGUACGACCACUCCAUCAACGACAUGCUGUCCACGCAGGCGCUGCGUCUGGAUGAGGCUCAGGAGGGCGAGUGUCAGGUCCUGAGGAUGCAGCUUCAGCAGGAGCUGGAACUGCUCAACGCCUACCAGAGCAAGAUCAAGAUGCAGACGGACGCGCAGCACGACAAGGAGCGCCGAGACCUGGAACAGAGGGUCAGCCUUCGCCGGGCCUUGCUGGAGCAGAAAAUCGAGGAGGAGAUUCUGAAGCUCCAGAACGAGCGCUUGGAGAGGAUCCGCUCCCUGCUGGAGCGCCAGGCCCGGGAGAGCGAGGCCUUUGACUCGGAAUCCAUGAGGCUGGGCUUCAGCAACAUGGUCCUCACCAACCUGGCCCCCGAGUCACAGGGCGGCUGGGGGGGAGGGGCCGGCGGGGGAGGACACUGGCCCGGGGGAGGCGGCGGCAGUCAUCAUCAGCAGCAUGGCGGGUCCGGCUCCCAGCAGCCAUGGGGUCCGCCCAUGAUGGCCGGGGGCCCGCCCCCUUGGAGCCACCACCACCUCCCCGCAGCGGGGGGCCAGAGGGCGGCCGGCGCGGGGGCGGCGAGGAGCAGCCCGCAGGCUUUGAGGAGGACGUCCGCCGGGGCGAGGAGUGACCAGGGCAUGAGCAGGAGCGCCAGCAUCACCUCCCAGAUCUCCAGCUCCUCACACCUGUCCUUCACCUAGAAGUGCACAUGUCCGCCAUCAUGCUAGUGUCAAAUAGCAUUCUGUUACCGCCAAGUGGUGUUUGUGCUAGUGCCAUGUUAGCAUCAACACGCACACUCUAGGCAGCAAGCGAAGAAGCCCCAGGUAGAAAAACAAAAAAGCCAGGUGCUCAUUUGCUAGCUAGCUGGUGCCAAGCAUCGUGCACACGGACAGGAAGUGACGUCACGUCGGGACGGAUAAAACAAAUGAAAAAGCCGCGUGUUAAUUUGCUAUUGCUAGUUAGCAGAAAACGAGCUGUUGUGUGGACAGGAAGUGACGUCACGUUGGGUUGGAUUAAAAAAAAGUUGCGUACGCUAAUUUUAUCUGCUGGACAGGAAGUGACGUCAGGUUGGGGUGGAAUUUUUGGGGGGUAAAAAAAGCCACGUGUUAAUUUGCUAAUUUGCCGAAAAUUAGCUGUUGCCGAGCAUUGUGUGGACAGGAAGUGACGUCACGUUGGGACGGAUUAAAAAAAAGCAGCGUCCUUAUUUGCUGUGAGCUGUUGCUAAGCAUCGCGCACGCCAGUCAUGGAAGUGACAUCAUGUUGGAUAGAUUUUUAAAAAAAAGCCGAGUCCUAAUAUUUUUUGUUUGUUUUUAUUUUUAUUUUUAUUUUCAUAUAUUUUCGUUUUUUUUUUUUUUAUUGUUUUGGUGUUUUUACAUUUUUUUUUUUUAAACCACGUCCUAAUUUGCCAUAAACUGGUGCCAAGCAUCGUGCAAGACAGUCAAGGAAGUGACGUCACGUUGGGAUGGAUUAAAAAAAAAACGAGUCCUAAUUUUUUUUUUUUUUUUUUUUCUUUUUUUUUUUGUAUUUUUUAACUUAUUUUUCAUUUUAUUUUUAUUAUUUGUAUUUCAUAAAAAAUUUUUUUAUUAUUUUUAAUUAUUUUAUUUUUUGGGUUUUAUUUUUGUUUUUUUUCAUUUGUUUUUUAGUAUUUAUUCGUUGUUACUUUAUUUUUUUUUAAUCAUUUUUUUAAACCGCCAAUCAAGGAAGUGACGUCACGUUGGGACGGAUUGAAAAAAAAAGCUGUCCUAAUUUUUUCUUUUUUUUUGUAUUUUUUUCCAUUUUAUUUGUAUUUUAAUUUUUUUAAUUAAUUUUAAUUAUUUUCUUUUUUUUGGUUUUAUUUUUAUUUAAUUUUUUUCAUAAUUUGUUUUAGUUUUUAUUCAUUUUUAUUGUUAUUUUUCUUAAACCGCCAGUCAAGGAAGUGACGUCACGUUGGGACGGAUAAAACAAAAUAAAAGCCCGCGUGCUCAUUUGCAAGUUAUCUGAAAACGAGCAGGUGCCAAGCGUCGUGCACGCUGGACAGGAAGUGACGUCAUGGAGGGGUGGGAGGUGACGCUGAUCUUCCCUGCUAUGCCCGCGCAAAUCUUCCCCGGUGUGACGCCCCACUCUCGUCUCAGCCACGCCCACCCACGAGGACAGCGUGUAAAUAAACACGCGUGUGAAUAUUGUAAAUGUGACAGAUGAAUUUACACAAAAGACUUUUAUUGCAGGGGGCGUGGCCUGUCAGCGCUUCCGCUAAUGCAAGUUCCCGCGAGAUCUUCCGCACUGAUUAAAGAAAGGGGGAAAUCUACUGUGGCCCCGCCCUCUAGCUGCGAGGGGCGGGGCUAAGCAUGUACAAAGUAUCAGUAUUCUUUGCUGUCAUUGGUGGGUUUUGUUGUCCCGGUUCACAAGCUGAAUGUUAUUCCUGGACUCCGAUCAAAGUGUAUGAAAGACGCUUUAAGGACGUAAAUGUAAUAUUUUGUUUGUAAUUAUUUUCUGUCGGAAGAGGGCUACUGGAUAAAGAAUCAUCUGUAAUAAAAUAAUUUUAUUA